GUAGGAAUUCGUAAUAUGUUUGGAGAUGAGAAUUCAAGUUUCUCCAUUCUGUCCUUACUCAAGAUGUUACUGUUCGGAGGGUCGUUUGUUUACGUCGGGUCACUGAGCCAACUCAUCUACUUGGUGCGAGUGUUUCCUGACAAGAUGGAAACGUUCAAAGCCCUGAACUGUAUCAGCGCGACAUGUGUGCCACUGUCUAAAUAUGUUUUCAUGUGGAGCGUUAGAACUCGUCUACGUACAAUAUUCGUAAUGAGUAAACAAGGUCUAUCUGCCAUUGAAUCAGACACUACGGGAUACUCGAAAAUGAUACGAACCCUUAAGACGGCUCGCAGCGCAUCUUGGUUUGUCAUAAUCAAUCAAUCAGUGACCCAUGUGAUAUAUUUACUUAUACCGUUCUUGUUCACCAUUUUUGGGAAUAUCCGAUAUUUACCGACGACUCCCGGUGAAACUUAUGGUUUGACUCCAAAAUAUGAGACUCCAUAUUACGAAAUAACAUUUAUGCUAACAUGUUUCGCGACAAUAUUCUCAGCCGUGAAUCAGACAGGCUAUAUAGUGUUGUUCAUCAACUUAUUAGCUCACGAACUUGGACAUUUUUAUGUAAUUACGGACGUCUUAAAUGGAAUUUUUGAAAAGAAUGAUGCCGAUCGUGAUCCUGUGUUUAUAGAUCGAAAAUUGAAGUUCUGCGCGAAGCACUAUCAAUAUUUACUAAAGUUCCAUAACGAGAUAAAAAACUUAUAUAAGAUUAUAUUCGGCGCGCAUUUCUUAAUGAUGACGAUCGUUCUCGUGACGACAUUACAGACGAUGAAUUCAUGGGACAUAAGGAAUACGGUGCUUACAGCAGUUACAGGGAUAAUGCCCCUGUUCAUAUAUUGUUUCGGGGGCGAAUUGCUCAUCACGGCGGGAAUGGAUAUGUCUACAGCGAUUUACCAGUGCGGGUGGGAGAAAAUGGGCGUAAAACAAGCAAAGGUAGUCUCGGUUAUCUUGUGUUUGUCUCAACGACCCUUAUGUUUAACUGCGGCUAAUGUUUUCGUUAUGAAUAGGGAGACAUUCGGUGGUAUCGCUCAGGUCGUUUACAAGAUAUACGCGGUAUUUAACUAG